UCAAGCCCUAGUACUGGCACAUAAGAGCCAAGCUAGAGCUAGAUGCCCUGAGUUCAAGCCCCCCAACACCACCUAAAUGUUUGUUGAGUGGAGGUAGAAUAAAUGAAAAUGGUCAAUGAUAAACACUAUAAUGCUGAUCAUUGUUGGUGUAGGUGAUGGGUCAAAGAAAGGGAUUCAUUGGACCUUUCUCGUUGCUUUUGACUAUUUUGGAACUUCUUGAUAAAAUGAAAAUUAAGCGCAAAAAAUAAUCCAGACUUUGACCUUCACCUUACAAAUACAGAAGCUAAGGUUCAAAGGUGAAACCGACUCUCUGUGUAGCUAGAACAAGGAGUACAAGUUCUGGUUUCCCUCAUUCUUCACUAUCCCCCAGGUCCCAGCCAAGUAGAGAGAGACGAGGGGGGAAAUUGCACUGGCCCCAGACUGCCUUCCCUGAUAGGGAACGCACGGCCCACCUUUCUGCCUCCCAGGGGAGGAACAGGUGGCGGCGCUGUGGCCUCUGCACCUGCGCGCGGGACCUGGCAGCAGCAGCUUGGCCACGCGCCCACUGGACUGAUUCGAUUUGCGGGCGCUCUCCACCCAACCCAACAGAGAUCUAGGCGCCCCAACUGUCGUCUGGUGGACCGGCAGGAGAGGUGGGGUGCUGUGUCUCUGGUGGUGACUUCAGUCGCUGAGGACUCAGAAUGAGGGCUCUGCGGGUCUCCCAGGCGCUGAUCCGCUCCUUCUGUUCGACGGCGCAGCGGAACCGUGUGGAGAACCGGGUGCCUGAGAAACAGAAGAUUUUCCAGGAGGACAAUGGCCUCCCAGUUUAUUUGAAAGGUGGAAGAAACGACAACAUCCUGUAUUUGGUGACUAUGGUACUGACUAUGGGGGGCACUGCCUACAGCCUAUACUUCCUGGCCUGGGCUGCCUGCCCCCACAAGAAGUGAGACCAAGAGAUUUGAAAUGGCUAGGAUUUUGACAAACACUAAUAAAAAGUGC